GGCUCCAGCUUGCCGUCGGGUUCGAGCCAAGCUUUCGCGAUGGCUUCGGAGCUGGUAAGACACCUAGGGGGCGAUGACGUGGAAGCCAUUGUCGCCUCCUGCAAGGAGCUGGCCUCCAUGAACUUGGAGCUGGCUUCCAUAGCAAAGCUCUUGUCUCAUCAGGAGCCUCGGGUCAAGGCCGCCGCCGCCUCAGCUCUGCAGAGCAUGGAGGGCGCCGAGGCCUAUGCCGCCAACCUCGCGCAGCUCGUGGGGGAUUCCGACAGCUACGUCCGCAUCGCGGCCGCGGGCACACUGAACUCCCUGGGCACCAAGGCAGCUUCGCAGGUCCGUGUCUUGGGGAAGUUCCUCGGCGCCUCGGAUCCGGGCACCGUGGCUGCGGCGGCCCACGCCUUGGCCACGCUGGGCCCCGACGCCGCGGACUUCGCGCCGCAGCUGGAAGCGGCGCUCGGCAACGGAGCCGAAGACACCUCCACCCACAUGCUGGCGGCCGCGGGCGUGCUGCCCAAGACCCCAGAGGUGCUGAGGAAGCCAGCCUGCGCGGCUUGCAAAGCCCUGGGGAACCUGGGCCAAAGCAGUGGGAAGCUCGAAGAGCUGCUCGAGUCUAAGGACUUCGAGCUGCGAGCCUGUGCUAUCAAAGCCUUGACCCAGAUGGGCGCGGACAGCACCCGCUUUGAGUCCAAGCUCAUCGAUUUGCUGAAGGACCCGGCGCCCAGCGUGGCCAGCGCGGCCUGCGCCGCGCUGGGGGCUCUGAGCGCCAAUGGCAAGACCUCCAGCUCCACCGCGGCCACGGUGGCGGAGCUCCUCACGGACCCAAGCCCCAUGGUCAAGGCCAGUGCGGUAGAGAGCCUUGCCCAGAUGGGCGACGAGGCCGAGGCCUUUUUGGAGCCCCUCUGCCGGCUCUUCAACGACAAGAGCUGGACAGUUCGAGUGGCCGCCGUAAAGGCGCUGGCUGGCUGCGGCGAGCUGGGCCAGAUGUACGCCUCAGAGGUGUGCCGGCUCACCACCAGCACGGACGCCAAGACCCGUGCGGCCGCCGCCAACGCGCUGGGCCAAAUGGGCGAACGUGGCGCCUGCUUCGACGAGGAGGUGGAGCUGCUGCUCAGCGACCCCGAUCCCUUCGUGGCCGCGGAGGCCAAGAAGGCCAUCCAAGCCUUCCUGGACGCCAAGCAGGAGGCCCUGGCUGCGCCCAACCACCUCGCCAUUGAGACGCCUGAGACGCCGGCGCCCGCCGCGGCCGCGCCGCCGGCCAAGGCGGACGCCACGCUGCCGGUGGGCCUCCUUUUCCCUGGCCAGGGCUCGCAAUACGUGAAGAUGCUGCAGGAGGUCCAAAGCAUGGCCAGCGUCAAGGACAUGCUGGCCACGGCCCAGAAGAUCCUGGGCUAUGACGUGCUGAAGCUGUGCCUCGAGGGCCCCGAAGACAAGCUUGAGCAGACCAAGUACUGCCAGCCGGCCAUGUACAUCGCCGGCCUGGCCGCCUUAGAGCUCCUGAAGUCCGAGAACCCCAAGGCCGCGGCCAACUUCCGGGCGGUGGCCGGGCUCUCCCUGGGGGAGUACACGGCUCUGACGGUUGCGGGGGUCUUCGACUUCGAGACGGGCCUCCGCUUGGUGAAGCUCCGGGGCGAGGCCAUGCAGGAGGCUGCUGAGGCCACGCCGCAGAAGAUGAUCUCGGUGGCCGGGCUGAGCCAGCAGGUGGUGGAGAAGAUUUGCGCGGAAUGCAGGAGCGGCCCGGAGGAUGUGUGCCAGGUGGCCAACUUCCUGUUCCCCAACGGCUUCUCUUGCGCCGGCAGCGCCUCGUCCUGUGACAAGCUGCUGGAAAAAGCCACGAAGGCAGACGGCUGCCUGCAGGCCAAGGCGCUGAAGACCUCGGGGGCCUUCCACACCAAGUGCAUGCUGCCGGCGAAGGAGAAGCUCCAGAGCGCGCUGAAGGAAGUGGAGCCGAAGCUCCGACCGCCCAGCUGUGCGGUGUACAUGAAUGUCACCGGUGACAAGAUCCUGCCAGGCACUCCGGUCCCACAGAUCAUCGAGAUGAUGUCGGACCAGCUGACCAGCUGCGUACUUUGGGAGCCGGCCAUGAAGGCCAUGAUCCGGGACGGCAUUACAGACUUCUAUGAGUGCGGCCCUAUGAAGCAAUUGAAAGCCAUGAUGAAGCGCAUUGACCAGCCUGCUUGGAAAACCACGCAGAACAUCCACGUCUGAGGGCCGUAUGGCAGCUGCAGUGCUGAGAGACUUUGUAUGAGCAGUGAGUUGGUUUAAAGAAGCGCUGCAGCCGUGUUAGUCUUGGCACCGGGAAGAACUGCUCAGCACAUCUUCCCACGAAGG